GGGGCUGGAGGCGCGCGCGCGCGCGCGGGCCAGCGGCGGCGGCGGCUGCAUGUGCGGGAGCGGGGCGGCGAGUGGGGCUGGGCGGGCGGCGCGGAGCGGAGCGGAGCGGAGAGGCACGGCACGGCACGGCCGGAGCCGGCGAGCAGAAACGAAGGGGAAGGAACCACAAGCAAUAAAGAGCCUGAGGUUUGAGGACUGGCUGUUUAUUUGUCAAAGCUAGAAAUGCAGUGGCUGAAGAGGACGAGAGGAAAUCCUCAGAGCAAAUGUACCUCAAUUAAACUCAGGCUUGUCCUCGCUCUCCGCUGGGAUUUAUGGAGGUGCUGAUGAGCAGCUCUGAGCCCCGCAGCCCCCGACAGCCCGCCCCGUGAAGCAGUGCCCGGCCGCCUCGCCUCGUCUCGCCCGGCAUCCCGACCCUCCGACUCAACCAUUCAAGGCUCCCGUGCAUGGAUCGCCCCAGCGAGGCACCGCUGCCGGACGCCGCCGACGCCGCCCCGUAGGCUCCCGGCCCCCCGUGCCGCCCCUAAGUACUCCACAUACCCCGAUGGGGUAACGUGACGGGGGUCACCCUCCCGCCACCCCCCCCAUAUGCAGAGGCCUUUCUAGAGUGCCAGGGAGCGCGCGGCACCGGAGGCGGCAGCCGCUCGCCAUCGCACACACGCCGAGGACGCCGACACUACAGCAAAGGGAUUUUUUUUUUUAAUUAUUAUUAUUAUUAUUAUCAUCAUCAUCAUUAAUAUUAUUUUUUUCCCAUCUGGCUUUUUCCCCGGGGGGCUUGCGGUGUGUCAAGGAAGCCGGCGCACUCCCAGGAGCUGGGAUUAUUUGCACAACGUCUGUAUAUUGAGUUCUCGAUCCUGUUUUAGUUUUAUUUUUUCAGCGCAGAGGGGUGGUGGUUUGGUUUUUUCCCCCUCCACGCCACCCUUUUCUUGGGUUUUUCCCCCACCGCCGUCAGCACCACCUCACCCUCUUCCUGUCCCAUCAUGGCCCGGAUGAACCGCCCCGCGCCAGUGGAGGUCUGCUACAAAAACAUGAGGUUCCUGAUCACCCACAACCCCACCAACGCCACACUCAACACCUUCUUGGAGGACCUGAAAAAAUACGGUGCCACCACGGUUGUGCGAGUGUGUGAAGUGACCUAUGACAAGACCCCCCUGGAGAAGGACGGCAUCACCGUCAUGGAUUGGCCGUUCGAUGAUGGAGCGCCUCCCCCCAGCAAGAUAGUAGAAGAUUGGCUCAACUUGUUGAAGACCAAGUUCUGCGAAGACCCCGGCUGCUGCGUGGCCGUGCACUGCGUGGCCGGCCUGGGGCGCGCUCCUGUCCUCGUCGCGCUGGCCUUGAUCGAGAGCGGGAUGAAGUAUGAAGACGCCAUCCAGUUCAUCCGGCAGAAGCGCAGAGGAGCCAUCAACAGCAAGCAGCUGACGUACUUGGAAAAAUACCGACCAAAGCAGAGACUCCGAUUUAAGGACCCUCAUAACCACAAGAACAAAUGCUGCAUCAUGUAACCUCAAUGACCUCUUGCCAAAAUCCGUGCACACAGACACCCGGGCACUCGCAUGCAUCCCACCCCCUCACCCCCCUGGCCCAGCCCUGUGCACCCCACGCGCUGCCCCACUGCCAGGGCUGGGGUGGGGGGACGUGGAGCACCACCAAGGUGUUCCAGCACCCACAGCACCGUCGUCUUGUCGGACCCCUGAAAAAAGCUGCUCUCUCCAGCUACAGCCCCGAGGAGGGAAGGCAGCGCUGCCCUUUGACUCUUGGCGUUAGCAGGCAGUGAGCUCACGUGACGGUUCUUCAUCGUCUUCCUCCUCCUUCCUUUUCCCUCCCGUUGCACUGAGAGGGAUGGGCAGGGGGUGCUUGGUUUGGGGUGAUGCAGGCAGGGCUGUGCCAGCUGAGAUGGGAUGGGGAGCAGGAGGGCCGGACCACCCCCGGAGAAACCCUUUCCCACCUCUUCCGUAUAAAUAAGGGCUGCAGCAGCGGGGACGGAGGUGGGGAUGGUGCAGUGGCCUCAGGGGGGAAGCAGGGAGGGGUGAAGGGGGCUUGUAGCUUGGUGCUGGCCUCGUAGCCGUGGGAAGGGCUGAGCUAAGUCCCCUCCAGCACCAUUCCCUUUCUGCUGCCCCCUCUGCCACUUCGCCAUCUCCCCAUGGCCUCGAUGCCAGCUAGGAUGCUGCAGACGGGGCUCCCUGGGGGCUUGCUGCAGCGAAGGCAGAGGUGCUGGGAAACUUGGGAGACCGUGGCAGGGCUUUGAGGCACCCAGCUUUGCCAUGGUGCAGGGUCAGCACUGGGUCCCCCAAAGUGUGGGGUGCUCUUAUUUAUAGCUUCCAAAUUCAAUGCACAGGGUGGUGGGUUCUCUCCUGUCAUGUUCCCAUCACCGCGCCACGGCACAAACCCCAAUUCAGGCUGCGAUGCCCUGGGGACACAACGUGUAUCUUGAGGCACGUCCUCAUCCUCCACCGCUGCGUUUGCUGUAGAUGUCCUGGGGGAUUUUGGGUGCUCCUGGCAAGAGCACUUCACCAAAUUUUGCACCUGCCUUUCUCACACCCAGUGGCAUCUGUAACGCAACGCCUGACACCCCAAAACCCCCCCGGCACGGGCCCUCGUGGGGUGGACUCGGAGGUGUCCUUGAGCCGGGACAUUAAACAUCUCUCAACUUUCUGCCUUUGAACGCUUGCAGCACCUGGAGCGGUGGGCAUGUAGGAGGCGUGGGGGUGUUUUUUCUUUUGACGAGGAUAAGAAAAAAUUUGCUAAUUAAAGGAAAAAAAAAGUCUUUAAAAAAAAAAACCUGUUUGUCUUCCGCACGUCCUCUGGCCUUUCUUUCUCCCAUCGCUGCCCGGCAGAACCUGGGAGGUCACCCAUGGCCCCCCCAGACUGAUCCUCGGCACCGGGUCACAGCCGGCCGCCAUCUGUCACCAGGGCAUAUGUGUGGCCCAAGGGAUGCUCCAGGUAUCUUCUGGGCUCGCUGCUGCUCGCCCCCCGCAGCUGCAGAGGAUCGCAGAUGUUGGGGCAAGGGAGGGCUAGUCAUCCAGCAUCUUGUGGUUUUAGGCUGCCCAACUUGAGGUGCCUUCAGUGCCCUGUGUUUGGUAUCUCCAAAUGUUUGUGUGCCUUCCGAAACAUAGUAUCCAGAGACAUUUGCUUCAGAGGGUUCAUCUCUUGGGAUAAGUGGUGAGGAAGGCUGGUUAGACACUUUCAGUACCUGCAGAAGGGUAGGGGACAGUUUGUGCCACCGCACGUGGGCAGAGGGAGCUCAGAGCCAUUUCCAGAGCCACUUCUCUCCCGAUGGGAGCCAACCCCACUGCGCGGCAGGGAUGGCCAUCCCAUGGGAUGGGCCGUGGUGCUGAGCGAGGUGGAGACCCUCCACGCAUGGCACCAGAGCUGUCAUACCCCACACCUUGGGCCUGUCCAAGCCCCCACAUUGUGGGACAGCCCUCGAUCCCUUGAGUUUCUCCUGCCCCGUUCCAGGCUGUUGGUUCCUAUGUCUCGUGGGGAAGGUGGCGGUGAUUGAAGGUUCUGCGUUGGUUGGGAAGGGUGAGAAAUUGGACUGAUAAAAAGGCCUGAUCCUGUAUUGCAACAUUCCCACUGGGUGGGUCACCAUCCUCUUCCUGCCCCGUUGUGUCCUCCUGCUGCUAAAAUAGGUGCUGCUUCAUCCCCAGGGGCAGUAGGAGGUGGCUCAGCACAGUGAUGGGGACAGCCCCGAUGCCUCUUAGCCAGGAGAUCUCGUGGUCUCAUGUGCUCCCCAGUCACAACAGUCUGUGCCAUGACUUCCGAAGAAUUUAGGAUAAAGCGGUGGGAACCGUUGCUUUGCAGGCUUGGAGAUGUUUCUGCCCUGGCAAGAGGAGGGGAAAUGUUUUCCUCACCCACACUCAUGGGAGCAUUGCAUGGCAGAUUGCCCAGGGCAAGCGGUCCAGGGCUUCAGCCACGAUGCUUUCGAGUUGGGAUCGGGAUGGGGACAGAGAGGCUUGAAUUCAGCCUCCUUUGGCCACAGGAACUCUUCACCUCCUCCAUGUAGGGUUUGAUGGUGGAAGUGCUCGGUGCUGAGCUCUGAUGAGAGUACACUCACAUCUCAGCUUGUUGGGCUUGUUUGGGGGGAACACAGAGCGGGGGACAAGCUUUGCAGUGCUCCUUCGCUUUAUGUAGCAUCAACCCAACCACCUUAAAAAUAGAGAGCUUCUAGUGUAAGUGAUGUCCUUGACCUGGUACAAUCCAUGUGGCCUGAGCACCUCUGGCUAGCAGAGCAGCAUCUUGACACUCUUCAGUUUUGUGAGUGACUGCAAAAUACCCCAAACCCAUGCUGCUUUAAUUGUCCUAUUUUUUUUUUCUUUUUUUAAUGGGUGUCUCCCCCUUGUCCUGGAACUUGCUGUCACCUGCUGUGCUGCUCCAUGGACAGGACACCUUGGCAGCCCAAGAGCUGCUGCCCUUGUAUGGAUAGCUUGAACCCACUCCAAGGUUUCUCUAGGUUCGACUGCCAAAUAUUUGGGAUUUUUUUUUAUAUGGACUUGGGCUCCUACCUCUGAGGUACCAGCUCCUUGGUGUUUCAGCCUAGAGAGGGUUAUGGAAACAUAACAGGCUGGGGAAAUUGAGGGAUCUUCCAACAGGGUUUUGGAUUAGAAAUCUCAAAGACCCCAGUUCCCUCUCAAAAAUCUUGGGAGAGUUGAGGAAGAGGGAAAGUUGGAGCUCAGUAGACACAUAGCACCAGAGUGAGGCCUAAGUGGCCAAGGGCUCAUGGUUUGGGCUGGUUUUUGGAUCUCUGCUUGUACACAAAUCCUUGUCUCACCUCAGAUGCCAAGAUGUUGAAAGGAGAGCCUUAAAAAUUUGAUGUAUUUGUUGAUUCUGUUACUGCUCCAGUUGUCUCCAUUGGGUCUUGGCAGAUGUCAUAGGGAACAGACAUCCCCAUGGCUUUGGCUACAAACCACCCACCUUAUCCUGCCCUUUUCUGCAAAGGCACAAACUUGGUUUUAUACCUCCUCACCGCUAUCCACCUCUCUCACCCCCUCCAUGGAAACCCACCAUCUUUCCAUAGUUUGCAGGGACAGGGCUCCAAACUGGUAGCAAAAGCUGUGGAGACCCAAGGGACGGUAAAGCAGAGGUGCCCUAACCGUCAAACCAAGAGCUUGUAGGCUUUGCCCAGGAAUCAAUGGCUGAACCUCGUGUGGGGGAAUAAAUCUGAGCGAGAAUUCAUAGUUGGGUCCUCUCACCAGUGGUACAUGUGUGCCCUUAUCUGCGUUUCGGUUAAGAGGCUCGCGCGUCCCUUCUGUUCUCCGUGUUUGCCAGACGUAUGGAACGCAUAGUGGGGGCAGCGGUGGGAAGGAAGGCAACGUGGCCAUCACAAAUGGCCAGCUCUUUAUUUAAGAAAGGUCUGGCGACGUGUAUUUAAAGACUUUGCAUUUGUGAAUUCAUGAGUCUUGCAAUAAGGCUGACACUGUGGUGCUUGGGCUGAGAGCUUCAGAUGAGGACGUUUAUGAGUAACAGAUUUCCCGAGGAAGCAAAAGAGUCUUUAUCUACAGUAGAACGAGUAAUUUUCUUUUUUUUUUUUUUUUUCACUGGGUUUGUUUGGUUUUUAUUAGUCUCAGUGGGAAGGCGCACAGGGAGAUUCGUGACUUCCAUGCAGUUUCCAGGGUUUUAUAUCUUACUUGCUUCCAGCGGGCUGGGUAGGUGCAGUUUGGUGGGUGGAUUUGGAUGGGAUACUGUCUGGUGGGAGAAAAAUGUGGCUGGUUUCUUUGCGCAGCGGGGGGUCACGGGCCGGCUGCGGUCCCGCUCGCAGGCUCUGGCAGACAUUCCCGGGGAGGGGGGGGUGUCGUUUUUGCCGCGCUCGGCUUCCCUUUAGACGAUGAUCUCCCAAUGAACUCUCGACUUCCCUGCUGUUUCUUUCUGUGCAACAAAGAACUGCAUAUUUUCCUUUUUAACUCCGUGGGCAAUCGUAGUAGUAUGUAGAUUAAGCCCAGAUGACUUUUUUUUUUUUUUUGUCUGAGCCAUAGCUAAAUUAUUAUACCCAAUGCUUUUUGUAUCAGACGGCAUCACUUUGAAUAUGCAGAUGAGGUAUAGGAUCUUGACACUUUAUAACCUUUUUAAAAAGAAACUUGUCUGUUUACUUACAUCUUGUGUAAAAAGGAAAAAAAAAUGUAUGCCUUUUAGUAAUCACUUUUUUUUUUUUUUUAGUUUUAUGAAAUUACAGUGGUUUCACUCCAGCAGCGAAAUAAAAAGCGUUCACUGUUUUGUACA